UACCUGAAGUGGGGGAGCAGAAAUGCAGGUGGUGGAAGGUGGAAGAAACGGUAAACAAGGCGCAAUUAUGAAAAAGUGGACAUUUGGGCUUAUUUAUGUUAGCUGGUGUGUCCCCAUUUGAGAAGAUUUUUCAAGUACCAUCUCCAGCUGUAGCCUGCAGGCUAAUAUAAUCAAAACUCUUGGAUCAAAUUUAUCAUCACUUCUAUUAAAUAGGAUGUUUUCCUUCUGAAUUUGUUUUGACAUUGUUUAACAUGCUGUGCCCGUAGACCCUCCGUUUUUAUUACUAAGUUGAAAUUUGAUCUGCAUUGGUUUUUUAUUCUAGGAAUCAUGACAGAAGAUUUUUUUUUUUUGGUAGUAUUCUUAAGAAGAAGGUGAUAGAGGCGGGGGAUUUAAUUGGUGGGCUAAAAACCCUGCACCUUUUUCUGUAAAGUCGCAAUCAUAACUGUUUACUUUCCCCCACCUAAUCUAAUGAUAUGAUUUCUCUUAUUCCUCUUUAUAGUUUUUCAUUGCUCAACAUUAUUAUUUAUUUUCUAGAAGAGAUUAGCACUGGUUUUUGCUCUCCCACUGUCAUCACUCAUCAGCUCAGUGACUCUCAUAAUUGCUGUAUUUAAUGUCCAAUUCCACCCUUGUUGUUGGAUUGUCCCCACUCUCUCAAGGAUAUUGUCCCUUUCCCAGCAAAUAAAAAUUCACCUACCCCAGUCUCAGUGUGGGCCAUUUCUCUCUCUGUUCCUUAAUUUAACCUGUUAUUAUUAUUUAGAUUAACAGUAUGAAUUCUUUGUUGAUAGAGUAUUUGUUUUUCUUGCAUCCUUAAGUGUAUUUGUAGUUGUGCAAGUAGUAUGGUAUUUGGUCCGUUGUUUUCGUACUCUCUGAUUUUACUGCCAAAUGUCGGCUUCUUGAGUUGUUGUUCACCACUUAUUCAUCCCCCUUCCAAGCAGAUUUAUGAUGAUGGUGAUACAGCUUUUCCAUGCUCUCUUUACUUUUUCAUUUCUUUUAACUUUGGUUGGAGAGGUUGAAGUUUAAUAGCUUUACGUAUCUAAUACCGUUUUUGGUUUUUCUUUUAUACUUUUAGAGUUCAGAUUAGAUGUGGGCUCAUCCUGUACUUUUUCGCUUCUCUGUCUUUCUUGCCUAUUUCUUGGUGCUAAGUAAACUAUUUUUAGAAGAUUUCAUGUGACAAAACAGGAACACAAGAUGUCUGGCGCAAAUUGCCGGUCUCCCUAUUCUUCUUUUCCUCCUUUUCCGUACCUGAGUUCCCCAAGGGUUUCAGACAAUGAAAUGCUCGAUAAUAUCCUCAAUAUGUCUCCUAAUUUCUCUGCUUAUCCAAAUUCUAUUAUAAAGUCAGAGAACAUGCUCUCUUGCGAGGCUUCCCUGAAUCGGAACUCUAAGAAUACAUCUUCUGAUGCACUGAGGAAGGAGAUUGCCACACUUGAAGCUGAAAUAUUGCAUUUGGAGCGGUAUGUUCUGUCGCUUUACCGAACAGCUUUUGAAGAGAACCUGCCUGCCAUAUCAAAUGUCCCUAAAAACCAUUUGCAAUACGAGAAAGGAUCACCAUCAAAAGUUGGAGCAAAUCAAUCACUUUUUAAUUUAAGGUCAUAUAUAGAAAAUAGCAAUUUCAUUGAUCAUGAUCAAACUUCCCCUGCACAUGGCUGGGCCACUUCAGAUGAUCAGAGUUGCACUGCUAGCAUACAUUCAACAUCAACAGCGGACCAGAAGAAUGCUGAUUCUGGUCGUCGCAGCCUUGCAGAUCACCUCGGUGCUUCUUGCUUAGUCAACAGCCUUAAUACUCCGGAUGUACUAUCUGAAUACAUAUUGAAAUGCAUAUCUUCUAUUUACUGCAAACUUGCCAAUCGCCCUAAGUCCCAUGGGGGCUUGUCAUCUUCUCCUCCUUCAUCUUUGUCAUCCUCAAGUAUGUUUUCUUCCCACAAUCCUUCUGAUAAUUCGAGUCCACAACACAGUGAGGAUGCUAUAGUGCAUCGUCAAGGGUUGAAAGAAGACGGUGGUCCAUAUUCUGGAAUAGUGGAAGUUAUGAAGAUAUGUUUCAAUGAUGAUAGUUCCAAUUAUGCUGCUCUAAUGCUAAAAAAUUUCAGGUCAUUGGUUCGAAGUCUUGAGAAGGUGGAUCCAAGGAAGAUGAAGCGUGAAGAGAAGCUUGUUUUCUGGAUUAACAUUCAUAAUGCAUUGGUCAUGCAUGCUUAUUUAGCAUAUGGAACUCAUAAUCGGGUAAAAGGUGCCUCCAUUUUGAAGGCAUCAUAUAACAUUGGCGGACAUUGUGUAAAUGCCUGUGUGAUACAAAACUCCAUUCUUCGAAUUCGGUCACACUACUCAGAACCGUGGCUACAAACACUGUUUUCUCCAGGAAGGAAAUCUAAGACAGGGAGCACUAGUCAUGUCUAUGUCUUGGAAUACCCAGAACCACUUGUUCAUUUUGCACUUUGUUCAGGGGCAUACUCUGACCCUGUGGUUCGAGUUUACACAGCAAAGAAUAUAUUUCAGGAUUUGAAGCUUGCAAAAGAAGAAUUCGUUCAAGCUAGUGUCUACAUUCAUAAGGAGGCAAAGAUUUUCCUACCAAAAAUCCUUUCUUUCUAUGCGAAGGAUAUGUCAAUGGAUAUGUAUGGGCUAUUGAAGGCAAUAAGUGGGAGUCUUACAAAAGCACAACAGAAAACUGUAAGUAAAUGCAUGAAGAGAAAAGUGGACAAGUACAUCCAUUGGUUACCACAAAUUUCAUCCUUUGGGUAUGCGAUCCAUGGGGAAUUAGCCAAAGGAUUUGAGGCACGAUCUCUUUAAUUCAUACAGGAUCUUUGAAAAAUAGUAAGGGUUAAAUCUAAGCUGUACAGAAGUAAUGGAAUGGCUUUCAGUAUCUUCAAGGAAAUGCAAGUUAAAGAACAAAAUUUUCGCAGCUGUAUAUGUUGUUGUGGCUUGUGAUGUACCUACUGCCAAGUGUCUGAAACUGAAAGAAUAAUAUUAUUUGAAAUGUUUUUAUGAUUACUUGGCUUUAUACAAAAUAAAAUUAUUUUUUUAUGGGAAA